GCGUUGUGGAAGUGGUGGUGUCUCUGAUGUCGCGGAAUCUGGGAUACGAUUCUUCACCAGAGCAGUACUGGUUACGCUCUUCUUCUUCUCCCGUAGGUCAGAGAGACGAUUCCAGCUCCAGAGAUGGUGACUCCAUGGACACGGAAAGUUUUGAGAUCAGAUUCGAUGUGGAGAAUGACUGUAUAGGGUCCUGUCAAGGACCUGCUGCGAUGGCGAAAUCUGAAGGCAACGGCAAUGGCAGGAACCGCAGCAAAAAACAUCUUCCAGAACCACAACUUAAGACGUUGGAAGUUCCUACAAAAGCAGAUGUCAAAAAGAAGGGAAGAAGGUGGUCGAGUCGUUCGGUUGGAGAAGACUUCAGGAGGAAACUGUUUGCUGGAGGCAAUUUCUUGGAUUCAGAUGAUGACGACAUCCUCAUGCCUACUGAUGACGAGGACGCGACAGAAGAGCAGAUCCUCAUCAACAUAGAGAGACAGAAAGAGAUCAUCUCCUCUAUAAGGAAACAGCCGUGGAGAAUGAAGAAGAAGAUCCGUUGUCUAAGGAUGGCGCAGGACUAUCUAUCUAGGUACGAAGGCAAACUGUCCAAGAAAAGGGGCUACCAGGAAGCGACACAAAGGAUAUGGAGGAAAGUGAAGAGGGAACUGGCCAACUUUGCAGCGUUUUUCAUACCAUGGGAAACUCGGAUCAAAAUGAUAGAAAGUUAUUUCGGCUCUGUGGUGGCGUCCUACUUCAUCUUCCUGCGGUGGCUGUUCUGGAUCAACAUCGUCCUGUCCAUCGUCACCAUGUCAUUCGUGGUUCUUCCGGAGAUGAUUGUGGGCCUCCCAUACGGUUCUAUACCCAGGAAAACCGUUCCAGAGCCGGAGAUGGACAGGGCACAACACAUCGCUACUAUCUGGGACUUUGGUGGCUACCUGAAGCACUCCGUGCUGUUCUAUGGGUACUACAGUGACCGAAGGUACUUGGGGAAGGGCGGGUACCAGCUCCCACUGGCAUACUUCAUGGUCGGGAUCGGGAGUUUUGUCUACAGUUUUGCAGUCAUCCUCAGAAAAAUGGCAGACAACUCUCGCCAGAGCAAGUUAUCUACCGGUGAAGACCAGUUCACCUUCUGUUGGAAAGUAUUCUGUGGGUGGGACUCCUUAAUUGGCCAAUCAGAGACGGCCGACAAUAAGUUUGCUGCGAUAACAACCGGACUCAGGGAAGCCAUCAUAGAGGAGGAAGAAAAAUGUCGUGUUGAAAAAAGAUACAUCUCGAUCUUGCUGAGGAUACUGGCUAACUUCCUGAUCGUCACACUGUUGGCGGGGAGUGGGUACGCUAUCCAGCUGGUGGUGGAACGGUCCGAGCAGUUUGAGAAGAUGGACCCGGUGUCUCUUUCGUGGUGGGAACAGAACGAGGUCUCCAUGGUAGUGUCAAUCAUCACUAUGGUAUUCCCUGUGUUCUUCGAUCUGAUUGGUCAGAUGGAGAAGUACCACCCCCGGACUAUGCUGCGGUGGCAGCUGGCGAGGAUCAUGGUACUCAACCUCGGCAACCUGUACACACUGAUGAUUGCACUCUUCAAGAAAGUCAAUAACCUGGCAGAAGAAGCUAGGAAAGCCCGGACGGCGCUGGAAACGCUUCAGCACGUUUCCAUGAACAUCUCACUCACCACGCAGCAGAACGUCACGGUCGCAGAGCACAUUCAGGACGUCAUCACGGACAUUUUGUCCAACAAAAAUCAGACUGACCUCGUGGACGUGCUGACCGCGAGGGCUGGGGUGAAGGAGCAAUGCUGGGAAACUAUCGUCGGACAGGAAAUGUUCAAGCUGUCCGUGUUUGACAUGAUCGCCACGGUAGUCACAACCCUGAUUUUCGACUUCCUGCGGGGACUGUUUGUGAGGUUUGCUAACUACUGUUGGUGCUGGGAUCUAGAAGGGGGAAUACCUGGAUAUGGUGAAUUUGGUGUAGCAGAGAAUGUACUACAUCUUAUAUACAACCAAGGAAUGAUAUGGAUGGGUGCGUUCUUCUCUCCCUGCCUGCCCCUCCUGAACGUGCUGAAGCUGAUAGCUCUGAUGUACUUCCGGAGCUGGGCGGUCAUCAUGUGUAACACUCCUCACCAGCGGGUCUUCCGCGCCUCCAGGUCCAACAACUUCUACUUCGUCCUGCUGCUCAUCAUGUUGUUCCUGAGCAUGCUCCCCACGGGCUACGUCAUGGUGUCUAUAGAACCUUCCAGGAACUGUGGACCGUUCAGCGGUCGGCGGCGGAUGUUUGACAUCAUCUCGGAGACAGUGAAGAACAGUUUCCCAGGCUGGUUCACCAUAGUCCUCAGCUACAUGAGUACAGCCGGCAUCAUCAUUCCUGUCAUCAUGUUACUGGUAAUGGCUAUAUAUUACCUCCAGUCGAUGGUCCAUGCUUAUAAGGAAGCAAACAAUGAUCUUAGAAUGCAGCUAGAGUAUGAAAGAACAGAGGGAAAGAGAAAAGUGUUUGAAAUGUCAGCUGCGGGCCCGGCGCUGAGAAAAUGGGCCGGCACAACACGCAAUAAAAAUAGCCAGGACUCCCCUGCAGCAAGGGCCGUUACUAACAGCGGUAACCCAGGAAAGCCUCACAACCCCGGCACACCCAGCCACCCCGGGCCGAUCCCUAACGGUAGAGUCCCGUCCGGAGCUUCGACACUGCCGCCCCGCUUCCACAAUCCAGGGCCUCGGCACAACUUUGCUGCUGGGGUUCCUUUUAACAGGAGCAUGUCUUCUAAAGUACGCUACAUCCCGGUCAGGCAGUACAUGAACCCGUACGACGGGAUGAUUCUGCCCCCGCCGAUAGCGCCCCCUAGGUUCCGACGGGUGCAGUACACCCCGCAGCCUGGUACAAGGCUGAUGGCGGUACCGACAGCGAACAGGAUGGGAGGGGGUUCUCAAAUGAGACGGUCCUCCACGUGUAGCCGCCAGGGCAGCCGGCCCACGUCUGUUCUCGUUCCCGAGGGGUACGAGCUGGUCCAGGUUCACGUCGACGCCACAGACGACGGGCAGUCCUCACAGGAGACCUCCUUUGUCGACGACGACUUCGACGACACCCGUUCCAACCGUUCUCAGAGCGCCUCUCGGUUGUAGAGGGGCAAUGUAGCUACAUGUAUAUACUUACCUUGACCUAUGUACAUACUUUAAGAGUACACCCAUAUUGACUCUUAUACAGUGAGUCAUAAUUUGUUCAAUUUCCAAAUGAUACCGAGAAAUAGCGAUCGACUCCAGCACAAAUAUUUGUCUUAAUCUCUAUAUAUCUUAUUCGGGUCAUACCUUCUAUCUUAGCCAGUUGUUUUCAAAGCCUAUGCGAUUUGGCUGUAACAAAAUCACACUUCCAUUCUGUAACCAGUUUAUGUCCUGAUCUUUUUGGGAACUAAGUAGUAGAUACAAAUCAGGUAGAGUAUGCAGGACUCGGACAAAACCCAAACCAGCAAUGCAAGAGCGCCCCCUUUCGGACAGGGUCACAAAUGAAGGCAUAUUGUAUAUUGUACAGAUCACCGUCGAACACAUGAUGUGUGUGUGUAAGAUAUAAAGUUUGUAUAAAAUGUAACUAAUAUUACUGUGAAAUUUACCUUCUCCCGCAUGCAUGUUAUAACGCUGAAACUUGACUUCAAUAUUUUACGCAAUUCUUUCAAUUUCAAUCUUUUUUUAAACGUUGACCGUUGUAGUAUUAUAUGUUGCAACGAAGUAAUCCUCUACCAUGACGUACUACCAUGACGUAUCUGUAUGUAAAUAUUGUACAUGUACUUGUUGAUUGAUUGUCCUAUAAUUAAUAUGUAUCAAUAUCUACUUGCCUUUGGACGUAUAAAUCAGAUCAACUUAUUUCUCUAUGAUGGCCUAUAGUACAGUCUAAUGUUCUUGCCAAACUGUAGCUCUGAGUGGCAGCACUUACAGAGAAGCUGAUGAGUUUUGAAUCCAGCUUUGUCACUUAGAUCAGGUUAGAGGCUGUGAUAGGGGUUGUAUAUUUGAAUAUAUGAAGCUCCGUUUGCUUGAAACUUAACCAGGAGGGAUGCCAAAUAUCAGGUUUCUCAAUUCAAAAGAAUAAAUGUC